GCACUUCAUAUCCGCGCAGUCAUGAGAAAUUCGAGUGCGAAGGAAUGAACGAAUGAUGAAGCUCUUGUGGUGAUACGAGCACUUGCUGUGGCGCAUCCCUCAAUUAGGCAAAUGGAGAACUCGGACCGUUGUCUUCGCGAUGACUUUCCCUUUUAUCCGCCUGGCAAAUAGGCGAAAAGCAUUUUCGAAGCGCGAGGAUCGGAAAUGUCCCGGAUGGAAAAAUGCUUUGGGGCUUCACCCUCUCUUUCGCUCAGCGCUUCAUGCUUACUUCCAUAGCGCAACUGAGUGUAAACGUGGCAAACCCCGAUGUUCUCGUCAAAACCAAGUAUGCUUACGUGGCUUUAUGUACCCUGUGGGCUUAUGACUACGUCAUUACAUUGGAUGAAGAGCUGUCAUUUGUUACGGGAUCGACCUGGAGAAUCGUCAAAUAUCUCUAUCUCGUGUGUCGAUAUGUACCUUUCCUUUAUCUAACUGUAAUCUCAAGCCGGACACUGGAAAAAAAUCCAUCGCUCAGCAUGUGUCAAACGUUGUAUUCCAUGAAUUCGUAUCUCGGUAUCGUGAUAAUUGUCUCAGCAGAGAGCAUAUUUUUUGCACGCACAUAUGUCAUUUGGGACCGCUCAAAACGGGUGUUAUGGACGUUCAUCGUCAGUGUUACUUUUCUCCUGACGCCCAUAGUUGGUAUUCUUGUGAAAUACAAUGCCUCGACGACCAUCACCAAUUGGGUUGCCACCGGGUUACCGGGCUGUUCCAAGACGGGUGAAACCUCUGCUGUACUUUAUGUGUAUGUCCUUAUGAUCAUCGCCGAGUUAGAAAUAUUGUGUUUGACGUUGUAUCAAGCCAUUGCUAGAUACCGACGUGAACGGAGUGCCAACGUGCUUAGGGUCCUUGUGCAGCAUAAUAUAUUCUACUUUUUGUGCGGAGUUGGAUCUUCCGGCGUGCUCAUAGUUGCGAUUGCAAUAUUUCCUCCAUCAUACUCUGAUUUGGUGUCCAGUAUACAAAUUACCGUCCAUGCCGCGCUGGUCACAAGGAUGCACCGAGCGCUAUGGAAAUACAAUGCAGACUAUGCCCAUCCAGAUGAAUUUUCCCUGACCACAUUCAGUACUCCUUCACCAUUACAGUCCCGGACUGUCCAAAGUGCGGUUAGUUAUUAUCUGGACGAACCUUUUGGGAAAUAAAGAUCGGGAUCAUACUCCUCUGGACAACGACCAUUCCGGUGACAACACCCUCUUAUGCGAAUGGACAUACUAUGUCGCCACAAGACUCCCUCGCUGACACAUAGGAGCGAGCACGGCGAUAACCCUCGAGCAGCAUGAGAUUUGCUGUUUUAGUUAAAACUCCAUAGCAAGCCAUCGGACGUAGACUCAAUUAAUGCCAGAUGAUUUGAUCUGCACAACCAUUUCAUUAUGUUCAUCUUUAGGGUGGAUUUAUCUCGGUGAGCUCGGAUUUAUGGAGAGGGUGAAAUGCAAUCAAAGUUCCGACCGCGGAAAC